AUGGAUAACCAGGCAUUUGAAAUGCAUGGAGAGAGCAUACAAAGUUCUCCAAAAGGAAAAGAGUGGCCAAAGAAAGAGGAAAGAAAGGGCAGCUGGUCCCUAAUGAAAGUCUUUCUAGUUUGUCUAUUGGCCUGUGUUGUCACCACCGCAAUAGGAGUGCUGGUCCUGUCCUUGGUCUAUGUAAACAACACUGCCUUUAUGAAAGAGACGGAUGUUAAAGACGAUGGGGCAUCUUCCCCAAACCCAGAUGAACGAAGUGUGGAUAUCAAAUUCCAGUUCCUGAAUCAUCUGGGGAAAUCAAAGGUACAUAACUACCCAGGUGGUGAAAUUCAGUGGGCAAGAUUCAGGAAGGAUGUCAAUGAAUAUCAAAGUGAUGAAGAAAUGGAAUUUGGAAAAAGUAUCAAUAACCAUCGCUCCCAAAUGACUUUUGGAACCUUACGGAUCAAAAGCAAAGGGCUUCGGGCUCCCCACUGGCAUUUUAAUGCCAAUGAACAUGGCUACCUGCUACAGGGUACUGCCUGGAUCGGAGUAAUUGGUGCAGAUAACAGCGUGGUUACCACAUACAAUGUCACGGCUGGUCAAGUGAUCUUCUUCCCUAGAAACACUGUGCAUUGGAUAAAGAAUGUAGGAUCAGGAGACUGUGUGUUCUUGCUGUUUUUUACGACACAUGAAGAACUUCAGACCUUGGAUGUAGAUGACGCAUUUUUCUCUACCCCAGAGGAUAUAGCAGCUAGAGCAUUAAAGCCACAAGGUGGAGUUAACUUCAUCAGAACAUUCAAGAAACAACCAGAAGAUCAAGCAAUUAACCUCCCACCAAACUUAGAUGAGCUUGUACAAAAUGCCACCUAUGUGCAGUCUCCGGACAACCUUGUAUGGCAGUACUUCUACAAUCUCAAAGGAUCAGCAAAAUUUCCUUUUCCAGGAGGAAUCUUCCAGUGGGCUCGCUACCGCAUAAAUGGCACCGGACUAAAUGAAACAGAAAAAAUUUUUAGUGAGUCGCUGAACAAGCAUGAAAAUACCCUUACCUUAGCAACUCUCAGGAUAUUCAGCAAUGGACUGGGGCAGCCUCAUUUCCACUUCAAUGCUAAUGAGAUGGGUUAUGUCAUUAGCGGCUGUGGACAGGUUGGAGUUAUUCUCUCUGGAGUCACUGCCAACUUCAACAUUGGCAUUGGAGAUGUCAUAUUUUUCCCUGUUGGAACCCAGCAUUACAUCAAGAGCGUAUGUGAUGAGGAUUUGUUUUUGAUUCUAGCCUACAGUACAGGAAACCAGCUGGAAACUCUUCGUAUGAAUGACUACUUCCAUGGAACAGCAGAUCAUAUCCUGGCUCAGCUUUUUUUCAAACAGGCUGAGUUUAAGAAGUUCCCAAAGGCUGCCAAAAAAUAGGCAAAUAACCUCUUGUAGCAGUUAAUGGCUGCAAGAAUUUUUUGACGACCACCAUGUUUCUAU